CAGAAGGCGAAAAUGGCGACGGCCAGGUGCUCACGAUUUGUUCUCCGUUCUCCUGGGUUUUCCUUACACACUGCGGCUGUGGCCGCAUCCACGGUUCCAGAAACGACCGGCCUAGAUGUCGCCGCUACCCCAGUCGCGAAGUACCCGCCUAUUGUGGCCUCCCUGAGAGCCAACAGCAAGGCUGCACGGCUACAGCGGAUACGGCGCUGGCAGGCUAUUGUGCACGCGGCAAAGUCGGCGGAUGAGAAGAUGCGAAUCCUCACCAAGAAGCAGUUCAUUAAGUACGUGGUUCACCCGCAGACCUUCUCCCUGAACGCCGACCGCUGGUACCAGGGCUUCACCAAGACCGUGUUCGUGUCCGGUCUUCCGCCGCCGCCGCCCGCGGAGCCGGAGCCGGUGCCGGAGCUGGACCUUCCGGCGCUGCGUGCAGCCGCCUGUGACUGCCUGCUACAGGAGCACUUCUAUCUGCGGCGCAAGCAGCGCGUGUUCAGCCACCAGAAGCGUGAAACUAUCCUUUCGCCCUUUCUAGACCAGCUGGUGGCAACCCUCCUGGACUUGCUCAGCCCGUGCAAUCCGGCUCUAGCCACCGCCGCCCUUGAUUAUAAACGCCCAGUUAACUUUUAUUGGUUGCGGGGUGAAGAAAUUAUUCCUCGUGGUCACAGAAAAGGUCAAGUGGAUGCUUUGCGAUACCAAAUAAAUGAUAAACCACACAACCAGAUUCGAAUAUCCAAGCAACUGCCAGAGUUUGUGCCAUUGGAUUAUUCUGUUCCCAUAGAAAUCCCUGUUAUGAAAUGUAAACCAGACACACUUCCGUUAUUUAAACGGCAAUAUGAAAACAGCAUAUUUAUUGGCUCCAAAACAGCAGAUCCAUGCUGUUAUGGUCACACCCAGUUUCAUCUGUUACCUGACUUUUUAAAAAGGGAAAGGCUUUUGAAAGGAAACCGUGCUGAUCAGGUAGAAGUUGUUUUUAGAGCUAAUGCUAUUGCAAGUCUUUUUGCUUGGACUGGAGCACAGGCUAUGUAUCAAGGAUUCUGGAGCGAAGCAGAUGUUACUCGACCUUUUGUCUCCCAGGGAGUGAUUACUGAUGGAAAAUACUUUUCCUUUUUCUGCUACCAGUUAAAUACUUUGGGACUGACUACACAAGCUGAUCAAAAUAACCUUCGCAAAAAUAUAUGUUGGGGGACACAAAGUAAGCCUCUCUUUGAAACAAUUGAAGAUAACAAUGUAAAAGGUUUUAAUGAUGAUAUUCUAGUUCAGAUAGUUCAAUUUCUACUGAAUAGACCAAAAGAAGACCAAUCACAGCUGUUGGAAAACUAAGACAAGACAUGUGAUUCACAACUUUGGGAAUAUUUAAAUUUUAUUGAAGAAAUAAUGAGAUAUGUAAUUGUCAAAUAUUAAAUGCAUUGAUUUUUGAGA